UGUGCUGCAGCUCUGGAAAUCGUGUUAUCAAGAUGGAAUCUACAAUCAACUUGCUGUUGGAAAAAACAGUUUCUCUCAUAUGGGGGUGUGAGCUGAAUAAACAGAACAAGACAUUCACAUUUAAAUUGUCAGAUGAAGAUAAGAGUGAGCAUCAACUGGCGUUGAGGACAGUAUGUCUUGGGAAUACAGCAAAGGAUGAGUUUCACAUAGUAGAAAUAGUCCCUCAAGCAGUAGAAGGAAGUGAUGCAAAACCAGUUCCUAUUGCCACACUAAAGCCAUCUAUUCUCCCAAUGGCUACCAUGGUGGGCAUUGAAUUGACUCCUCCAGUCACAUUCCAACUGAAGUCUGGAUCUGGGCCAAUUUAUAUUAGUGGUCAGUAUGUUGCAUUGGAAGCAGACUACUCCUGGGCAGAGGAAGAAGUUGAGGAGGAGGAGGAAGAAGAGGAAGAUGAUACAGAAUCUCCUCCCAAACCUGUAAAGAGGCCAGCAGCUUCCAAGAAGGCAGGACAGGCAAAGAAGAAGAAAAUGGAAAAAGAUGACGAGAAAAGUUCCGAAGAGGAAGACAGUCCUGCCAAAAGGGGCAGAGGACGAGGAAGGAAGCCUGCUAAGAAAUGAAUGCGUGAAGUGGUA